GGCGAAGAAGUUGACAUAAAGAAGCGAAACUACCUUAUUCACAGGCCUCCUCCGCUGGUUACUUGUCGCUGCAGCUAUGGCCACCGCCUCUCUCUUGUCUUUGUUUCUCCUCGCCGCCGGCUGCUGGGCGCUCCCAUCGCAAGGAACGCCAGCGUGUCGCGCGGUCGAUAUCCCCAUCACUGUGCAGGAACCGCGGUUCAUUAUUAACACCACAAUCAGCAAUGAUUGGGAUGCAGCAUCAUUGGUCUUUAAUCUGACCCGACGCGACUCUGGCUCAUCCGCCGACCCUAUUCCGAUCUCUGGGUCUACAGCCAGCCCCGUGCAAAGCAAUUAUACCAUUGGAGGCACGCUCUGCGGCACCGGCGCAACGAUCCUGGUUCUCACUCAUGGUAUCAUCGAGUCCAAAGCGUACUGGGACCCUACUUUCCCCGGAUCUGACCCAUACAACUUCGUCAAGGCCGCAGUCGCCGCCGGGUAUUCGGUGCUGAACUACGAUCGCAUCGGCGUCGGUUCGUCAUCCCGGGUUGACGGUCUGUUUGAUGCUCAGUUCCAAGUGGAGACAGCAGUCCUGAACAGUCUGGUGGACUAUGCUCGCCGACUGCCGCACGUCAGCAAGGUCGGGCUUGUCGGGCACAGCUACGGAAGCUAUCUGGCAGCCGCAUCGGCCGCCUCAGUCGCCGUGGACGCCCUCGUGCUGACCGGCUUCAGCAGCGCCUUCGACUAUUUUGGGUAUUUCUUGGCCGGGUCGCAUCUGCGCCAGGCGCGUACCUUGUCGCCCUCUCGGUGGGGCACGCUGGAUUCGGCCUACUUGACGGCCGGUGACCAAUAUGCCGUGGCCUACUACGGUUUUGCUGCUCCGCACUUCGACCCGCAGGUGGCGCAGUGGGCAGCGACGGUGGAGGGAGAGCCCUUCGCGGUGGGGGAGCUCCCUUCACUGCUGGCCUCCCCGAUCCAAUACUCCCGCAUCACUGCCCCGGUCUACCUCGUUCAGGGCCAGUUUGAUCUGUCUUCUUGUGGCGGCAAUUGUAAGGGACAGUUAGAGAAUAGCCCGGCCACAUUCAACAAUUCGCAUGUGGUAAGCUGGGUGGAUGAUCUUCCUGCCGGACACAAUCUCAACCUUCACACGGUCGCACCCCAGGCCUUCCAGUUAAUAUUCAAAUUCCUUCAAGCACAGGGACUGUGA